AUGGCAGCUCAUGUCCCCCUUGUUGCUGCUCACCGGAGGGAUUCGCCUUUGUCGCUCGUGCUGAUGCUCGCACUCAUGCUGCUCCCGUUGACCGCGAAUUUCGGCGCCAAACGCGGAGGCGUUCAGCUGGCGGCGGCGCAGACGGACUGUCCGCUGAUUGGUCAGGGCAUCGACCCGUACACGGCGGGGAUCGUGUCGGAGAAGCCGAAAGUGUUUCUCUCCGUGCAGCUCAAGAAGCUCGUCACCGUCGACGCCGUGAAGUACAGCUACUUCGCGUAUUUCCAAGUCAUCUCCACGUGGCGAGACCCGCGAGUGAACGACACGCUGGCAAUAAACAACGCGGUGGGCGCGUUCGGGCCGGCAAUAACGGGACUCGCCACGGCUAACUGCAUGCCAGGCGUGACGUAUUCGGGGUUCAACAUAAGCCAGAAGGACGAGUGUCUGAAGACGCCGAAGCAGAACAACCUGCCGCAGAUGGACGGCUGCAACAAGCCGUGCUCGCCGUCCGGCACCACCUGCUGCGACGCCCUCUGGAUCCCCUCGCUCACCAUCGACAACGUCCUCUUCUACCCGCAGGACCGCUUCCAAACCGAGAGCAUAUAUUUCUUCGGGCAGUACAGCAACGAGGCCAGCGCCAUCGACAGAGAAGUCGUCGUUGGAGGCGAGUUCUCGUCACCCCUCAGCUUCAAGAAGUUUCCUCUUGACUCUCAGACGCUGCGGCUGAGCAUUCAGGUGCAGAGCGGCGAGUUCUACCUGGUGGGGAGCAACUCGGGACGGCAGUCGGAGCAGGGGGGCGGGCAGCUGGGGGGAGGGGGAGGCACGUACGUGAAUGAUGAGGUCACGGGCUGGAAGAUCAACGAUGUGGCUCUCAACUGCACUCCCGCCCAAACCACCGUCUCCACCUCCGCCACUUACCAUCCUGAUGACCCCUGGUACACAUUCACUCAGAACUCACCGGCAGACAGUGGCAGCAGCAGCAACGUGAACGAGUCCACAUCGUGUGUCUUCACCAUCAAAAUCUCCCGCACCAGUGGCGUCUUCAUCAUCUCGAUCGUGGUGCCAGUGAUGCUCAGCGUGUAUCUCUGCUUCUCUGUCUUCUUCGCUAAACCUGACGACCUGGAAACUCGGUCCGCCACCUUUGUCACGCUCUUCCUCGCCCUCGCAGCCGUGCAGUUUGUCAUCGACAGCCAGCUGCCGCGCUCAUCAGUGAUGACGCAGUUUGGCUAUCUGGUCAUCAUCUCAUACGUCUUCAUCGGUCUCACCGCCGUGGAAACACUCAUCGUCUACCUCAUCGCCGAACGGCUGGAGAAGGACGUGGUGGAGACAGUGGGGGACAUGGCAGCAGCAGCCAAGCGCUCCACGCAGAAAUCCCGUGCAGAAUUAGAACCAGAGCCUGAGACAGAGACAGAGACAGAGACAGAGGCAGAGGCAGAGCCCCAAAGCCCACAGAAGGUGGUGAAAACUGCAUUGACUUUUGAGCUGCAAUAUGCUUUCAUGGGGUGUGCGCAUUUGGUGUGGCCACUUGUGAGUUGUUUGUUCAGUCGUGCCAUCUGCCAAGCAUAUUGUGUCAAUCACACUGUCAGCAUGAUUCUUGUUAAGUUCCUGUUUUUUUCCGGCUACUAUCAUGUGCAGAAAUUGAGCCUCUUUGGAUACCACCUCAAACCCGCCGACGAGGAGCAUGCGGGCGAAGGCAAUUAUAUUCUGGCAACUAGAAUUGACUUCGUGUGCUCUGUUCUCUUCUUUACUGGCUACACUCUCACUGCCAUUCUUCUCUACACUCUUUAG